CUGUCACUGGCCAAAUUCCAUCAGUAUUGCGCUAAUCAUUUAUCCUUGAAAAUUUACAAUAUCCUUGAAGUAAAAAUUCAUAAUUUAAAAGCAUUACAUUAUUCUGACUCAGGUCAGAUACAUCAUAAAUACCAAAAAUGUCUCAAGAUGUAAAUAUGCAGCAAGCUGAAAAGCAGGAGUCGGGACCUGUGUAUGGUGGUUGUGAAGGACCUGAUGCCAUGUAUGUUAAGUUAGUGAGUAGUGAUGGGCAUGAAUUUAUUGUCAAAAGGGAGCAUGCUUUAACUAGUGGUACAAUAAAGGCUAUGUUGAGUGGACCUGGUCAGUUUGCAGAAAACGAGGCUAAUGAAGUGAAUUUCCGUGAAAUCCCGUCUCAUGUUCUCCAAAAGGUUUGUAUGUAUUUCACAUACAAAGUGCGAUAUACAAACAGCAGCACUGAAAUCCCAGAAUUUCCAAUAGCACCUGAAAUUGCUUUGGAACUUUUGAUGGCUGGAAAUUUUUUAGACUGUUAAAUAUUGAUGCAUUGGAUUAACUUGUCCAUGUGCAGAAAAAAGAAAGAAAUGCAAAUUAUAAUAUCUAUUAAGAUUUAUCCCUUCUUCUCACAUACAAAAAUUCAGCAUCAGUGAUAAAACAUUUUUUACUAGAACAAGAGGUUCAAGUUAUACAAUAAUUUUUCAUAUAUUAUAGAUAAAAAUAUGUACAUCAGUAGACAUGAUUGAUCUCGAUUUAGAGAAGUAAAUGUAUGACCAUUUAGAUUGAUUAAUGAUGAGAGAUUAUGAUCUGUUCAAUUACAAUACCUAAGGCCAGGAGAAAGUCAUGAUAUUGAACUGCGAAAAGUAUGUUAGUUGACUUAUAAUCUUUAUUACAUUCAACUAAUAAUAUGUAACUUAUUACAAUAUCUUUAGUAACAACGAUUUCAUAAAGUGAUUAAUUAAUAAUAGUAAAGUUGUCAUAACAAAUACCUCCAGUUAUUUUGACUUCAACUUUUGUUUGUAAAAAAAUGUCAAGUCAAAGAAAUGUAUGAUUUUGAAGUUUGUAAAUGUUGAUUGAAAGGAUUAACUUUUUAUUUAAAGGAAAUAGUUGCUGAAUAAAAUUUAGUUUUAGUUUUUACCUUUUAUAAAGGAAUUUUCAUGAACAAAAUGUAUUUACAAAUUUUUAACUUACCAAAAACAAUGAUGAAGCCUAUGUUUAUGCGCUUCCGAAAUUUUUAUUAAAAUAAUUGUGCUUUUUUAAAUAUUGAUAUUCUUUUCUUGCAUAAUAAGUAUUAACUCAUUAAUUUAUUUUUGAAAAUAUUGCAUAUAAACAACAGCAGUUAGAAUUCUUAUAUUCGUAAACAUUUUUCCACAGAUAAAACAAAUAAAUUAGAUUGUAAUAAAAACUUGAGAAGUUACG